ACAGUUCCCAUACCUCCCUGACGUCACUUGUCAAUAACUAAGAUGGCGUUCACAUUAUACGCGUUAAUACAAGCAGUAAUCCUUGGUGUAAAUGCCGUGGCUGUGCUACAUGAGGAGCGAUUUCUUAGCAAAAUCGGCUGGAGUGUUGAUCAAAAUGUAGGGGGAUUUGGUGAAGAACCAGGAAUCAAGGUGCAGGUCAUCAAUCUCGUCCGUUCUGUACGAACAGUGAUGAGAGUGCCUUUAAUAGCAGUGAAUGCUAUCUGCAUUGUCUUGUUGCUGCUGUUCGGAUGAGGAACCAACUGAAUGAAUAAUCCCAUCGAAUGCCACUGGUCUGGGCCUAAAACAUGUGACUCUAUGACGUUCUUCGCCCCUGUACAGUCAUGCACCUUCUACUAAUGUUUCUUGUAGACAGCUUCAUUGGUUUGCAUUCGUUUAGCUAAUUCGGCUAUAUGAGAAGUGUUUCGACAUGAACUGAUAGAACCUGACAUCACGAUUGUAAGAAAACGUGCCUUACUGUUUUAUCCUUAUUUAAAUUAUACUUCACUAUCUUUCACUUCACAUUGUAUGGAAGUCUCAGGUAACUGAGUGCAGUGUUUGAACUGGUCAAUUUAUCGAUCUAGAAAUAUGAGCAUACGUGCAACGACGUUUUCACAAGAGAACAGAGAGAGAGAGAGAGAGAGAGAGAGAGAGAGAGAGAGAGAGAGAGAUGAAUGAAUGAAUGAAUGAAUGAAUGAAAAUGUCAUAUAUAUAAUGGUGUAACUGCAGAGACCUUGGUAGAAAAGACCAUUGUGUGAGCAAAAUGUCUUCAUCACUGCAUUUUGCCGAACGUUGGAAACAUGUUACACUUGUUGUCAUGGAUUAAAAUUCAUGAAAUGUU